GAAGGGGGAAAAAAAGGCCGAGAGCCGGCCCGCGCGGUCUUUUCCGCGGGCUCCAGUCGGGAAUGUCAAUAGGGAGGAGGAAGGAGCUCCGUCUGGCCAGGUCGCCCCUUCCCUUCUCCCCGCCACGGACCGGGGGCCACGUGACGCGUCUUGGUCCAAUCCGCGGGCCGGGCGGCGGGGUUGCCCGGGUUCCCGCCAAAUACGAGCGUUAGCGGCUGGAACAGCGGCGCCGGCGGGAGGGAGUGGGGGGGAAGUAGCCGCGCGGGGGGUCCGCUCGCCCGCCCGCCGACCAAGAGGCCGACCUUUCCGCCGGUCCCCGACGGGAACCCGAGCCGCCUGGGCCGGGUUCGGAAUGAUGCUGGAGGAUCCCGAAAGCCGGGAACUCAGUCCGGGCAGGAUGGCGGCCGCUGUGGAGUGCAAAGAUAAACCGGCUUUUCCAACAAAGAAAUUAGUACAAGCGCGUUUGCCUUUCAAGCGCUUGAAUCCUGUACCAAAGGAGAAAACCGAUCCCAGUUCAGAAGAUAAGAAAUCCAGUCCUCAGACUACAUCUGUUCCGAAUAAAGUCCCUGCUUUAGAAACCCCGCUCGCGUCCUUCGACCACUUGGAGAAUGACUGUCGGUCGGAUGCUGCCGUAGAGCUCUCGCCAAAACUUGUGAAUGGAAAGGGUCCUCUAGAUAGCUUUGUAACCAAAAAUAUGAAAAACAGUAUCGACAAGGCCGUGGUUGUCAUUGACUUGACAGAAGACUCUAAUGACAGACCGGGCGGUGCCGCGGACCACAGUGAACUCGAUGGUGAAGCAGUUUCACCCAGCGAGACAAUCAAUGGCCACCGCAGCAAAGAGCCUUGGCAGCUGGGCCUGCCGAAUGCCGGUCAGAAUGACAAGUUGCCCGUUUCAGAGGGGACCGACUUGGCACCUCCGAGCAAUGGCUCCAGGGAUCCCGAGAGAAACGGUUCCGUGACAGGUUUGUCCGAAUCCCGCUCUGACAUGGCAGAGCUCCCGGGGGGGCACUCGGAAACCAAGGGGGACAGUUGGAAUGAGGCCCAGGGAGUCAUUUUUAAAGGAAAGAGGCCGGUGGUAGUCUUGCAGGAUAUCCUAACUGCUAAAUCUCCUCAAGUGACGUCUCCGGAGGAGAACACGACCACUUCGGAGAGUGAGGUGAUGGAAUCGUGUCCCGAAGAUGACUCUCGAUUCAGCCCUUCCUCGCUGAGUUCUCCCUCUCCUACCAGCUCACCUGAGAGCCAGCCUGCAUCAGACAAAAGGAAGAACAGCGAUAGUCUCUUAACGGCUACGGCUCCCCUCCGUAAGAUCCCCAAGAAACUCAUCCCAAGUUCUGCAGAGCGGGACAAAUUGAGACUGCAAAGAGAUCAAGAGCGCCUAGGAAAGCAGCUCAAACUCCAGGCGGAGAAAGAAGAAAAGGAGAAGCUGAAAGAAGAGGCAAAACGGGCCAGGGAAGAAGCCAAGAAGAAGAAGGAAGAAGAGAAGGAGCUGAAGGAGAAGGAAAGGCGAGAGAAGCGAGAGAAGGAUGAGAAGGAGAAGGCGGAGAAGCUGAGACUUAAGGAAGAAAAGCGCAAGGAAAGGCAGGAAGCCUUAGAGGCUAAAUUGGAAGAGAAACGCAAGAAAGAACAGGAGAAACGGUUAAAAGAGGAGGAAAAGCGCAUCAAAGCAGAGAAGGCAGAAAUCACCCGUUUUUUUCAGAAACCAAAGACUCCGGCAGCCCCCAAGACCCUCGCUGGCUCCUGUGGGAAGUUCGCCCCCUUUGAGAUCAAAGAGAACAUGGGCCUCGCUCCUCUCUGUCGGGUGGCCUUUGACCAGGAUCUCUCCGAUCAGUUAGACCAACUUCUCCAAGAACAGAGCGACAGAUUCAGUUUCUUGAAGGACCUCAAGUGCCGGGAGCCCCACCAUUCUGGGCCCACCUUGGUUAAUAACCGAAGCGCCGACUCGGUCAACAGCAGUGACAUUGUGAUAGUGGAGAAUGGGAAAGUGGACAAUGUUCCCGAAAGGAGGAAACUGGGCCGGAUGAAGCUCCUGCAGUUUUCAGAGAAUCACCGGCCUGCCUAUUGGGGAACGUGGAACAAGAAGACUGCAGUCAUCCAUCCUAGGAAUCCCUGGUCCAAGGAUGAGAGGCUGCUGGACUAUGAUGUGGACAGCGAUGAAGAGUGGGAGGAGGAGGAGCCAGGAGAGUCUCUGUCCCACAGUGAAGGGGACGACGACGACGAGGGAGGAGAGGAUGAGGAUGACGACGAUGGCUUUUUUGUGCCUCACGGGUACCUGUCCGAAGAUGAAGGAGUGACUGAAGAGUGCGCCGACCCGGAGAACCAGAAGGUCCGCCAGAAGCUGAAGGCCAAGGAGUGGGACGAACUGCUGGCCAAGGGGAAGCGGCUCCGGGUCCUGCAGCCGGUGAAGAUCGGCUGUGUCUGGGAGGCUGAAUGGAGCGGCGGCAGCAGUGCAGAGCGGAAAGCACUGCAGCAUUUCGCCGCCUGCAUCCUGGACUCGGCCCUCCCCGAGGAGUGGGAACAGCUCCAGAGGAGCGGCCGGAAGGGGAGGAAAGACCGACAGAUCCUGAAGCAGUUGCUCCCUCUCUUACACGGGAACAUCAACGGAAGCAAAGUGAUCAUCCACGAAUUCCAGGAAUGCUGUCGGCAGGGAUUGUUCAGCCGAGGGAGCGGCGGCCCCGACAGCGAUGCCGCCGUCAGCCCCGCCAGCCCCGGCCCCUCUCGGCCUCAGACUCCCACCACACCUGCCGAGGACAUAGUCAUCCCCUCCAAAGCAAUCCUCAAGCGGAUUAUUUCCGAGAACUCUGUGUACGAGAAGAGGCCCGAUUUCAGGAUGUGCUGGUAUGUCCACUUGGAGGUGCUGAAAAGCUUUGACCAAGAAGACCUCCCGGUGCCCUGCCAGUGGAAUUACCUGACCCCGGUCCCCUCGGCGGCCAGAGAGGACUCCGGUGGCUCGGGUCCGGGGGCCACCCAGACCCCCCCGGUGUCAGCCAAAAGGAAGUCCACGGGCAGCAUGUCCAUCACCCGGUUCAUGAAGAAGCGGAGGAACGCAGAGAAGGUGGGCACCGUGGAGGCGGACGGGUUUCAGGCAGACACGGAGGAGGAAGAGGAGGAGGAGGAAGAGGAAGAGGAGGAGGAGGACGCCAUCGAUUGCAUGGUGGUGGAUGUGCCGGUCAUCCAAGAUUCCAAGUCUACAUCCAAAAUGGCUCCAGCAUCGGACGGAGCAAUGGAAACUGGGUCCAGCGGGACCCCCCCCACCCUCAGCCCAACAACCUCCGUGCAAAACUGAACCCUGCUCGCCGUUCCCAUCUCCUCACCCCACCUCGUCUCUCUACGUAGAAGUCCCUUAGCUAUCUCAGCUGGUAUUAAGAUAUGUGAACAUACUCUGCCCUUCCUUUGUAAAGAGAAGACAGCACUUUCUUCUGCUUCACUGAUCUCUCAGCAGUGUGAAAGAUUCAUAGGAUGCCUGGUAGAUGCUCCUUUUUAAUGAUUAUUUUAACCACCACCACCCCCCGCCCUUAAUGUCGUAAAGUUUAAAAAAAAAAAAAAGCAUUAUCGGAACUGGGUUGGUCGGCGCAGAGCCACUGUAAAGGCACUGCGAGCAUCCAGCCUGCUGCCAGGGCAGCAUUACGCUUCUGUAAAAUGGUGGAAAUGUAUAAAUGCU